GGCCUAGUCUUGACCAGGAAAAUUAAUGUUUGAAUACACUGUGUUUGAUUAUUGAUUACAGGCCGUCUAGAAACUAGAAACUUAGUUUUUUGUAGUUAGAUUCUAGAUCUAGAUCUAGAUCAAGAUCUAGCUAGUAGAUCUAUUCUAGAUCUACAUCUAGGCCUAACUUAGCAAGUUAUAACAAAGCCAAGCCUAGCAGGAUGUCGACUGAAAGGCAAACAGAAGUAAUACGUGCCCAGCUGAUCAGUAAAGCAGUACUUCGCCCGGAUGAAGCAGAAUUCUACGAGCUCACACAGUUGGCUGGUGUCACUGUUGAUCCAAAGAUUUUCAAGAUCCUUUUGGACCUUCUGAAGAUGAAUGUCCCACCAGCCGCUAUUGUUCAGACUCUGCGAUCGAUGUGCAGCCCACAUUCAGAUUUCUCAGAUCACCUGGAGGACCACUACCACCCCUACCCAUCAUCAUCUUUUCCCGGAGGCAGUGGAGAGCCCCAUGGGAGCAUUACAUCACACAGUGACACAUCAGGGCUCAGGAGGCAUGGGGGUAUGUCUACAGAUCAUUACAGAAACUCUCGAUCUAUCUCGGGCGAGCGCCGUGCUGCAGAGAGGUCUGCAGCAGAGCUAGUGGGGUCGUCUGGUGGUCACUCAUCAGGAGUAGCCUCGUCUCGUGAGAACACUCGCACACAAACAGAACCAAGUACAACAUCUCGGCCACGUUAUGCCUCGGACUCACAAAGACAGAGGCCGCAGGACAAACGAGCCACCAGUGCCUCAUCAUUAUCAUAUGCCGACAGUUUUGUCACCUCUAGGCCCAGAAAAUCUUCAGCGGAGGUCUCAACUCUGAAAGACUCUGAUAGACUUACCAAGAAAAGAAACUCUUACCGGUAGUCUGAUGGAAAAGAAUUGUGAAUGUGCUGUUUCAUCCAUGACUCUCAAGACAAGGAAGUUUACAGAGUUAUGUAUAGAUAAAAAUGUUUCUUACCUUGUUUUAGUUAUUCACAUUUAACCCUUUACCCCCACGAGACGCUGGUUGGCUACCGUGUGAAUAUAGUGACAAAAAUGUUGUAGCAAUGAUCUCCUUUUUGACACGGGCUCUUGUUUAAGUUAUAAUUUCUUUUCAGAAUGGUUUGUGUGGCUUUGAGAU